AUGGCAUUGCUGAUGCCGCGCAUCCUCGAACAUGUCCUGCCUGACGUGUUGGAGGGGCUGACUGAUCAACCAGUAAUAGUCGAUAACGUUUCUCUCAGCUGGUUGUCCCUGCAGGCAAAUGUGUCCAGGCUUAUAGUGGGCUCUGAUGAGACACCCGCACUUCUCUGUGAAAACUUCUCGCUGGCCUUUGAUGCUGCGGCAUUGCUGCAGGGACAGCUGCGCAUAACCUCAGCGGGUGCGGAUGUUCUUCACGUGGAUCUUGAUCAGUGGCAGGGUGACAACAGCGAUGAGCCUAUGGAUGUGCAACUUAUUGAAUCCUGGCUGCCCGAGCGGGUUUACAUCACCGCCCUGGAGGUUUAUCAGGCAGAGCGUCCUGUUGCAAAGACCCGGGACAAUCUUUUUCUGCGGCGAGAGGGUGAUUUACAGACUUUGAACUGGGUCCAGGCAGGACUCAGCGCUCAGCUCUCAGUGAGCCUGCAAUUCUCUCCGCUUUUUGACGUGUUGCGGCACAAGCGCGGGCACAUUCAGAUUGAGAUAGCACAAGCGGGUCAGGUAGAAGAUCUGCUGACCGCUGACGUAUCCAUUACGCCAGCGGAAGCUGCGGGUGUGGCCUACGUUUUCCAGCUUGAAGGUUUGGCUGUUACAGGGUCCUGGUCUUAUGAGGUUGCCGAUUUACUGGAAUGGCCGGAACACAGUGAUCUGCGGCUGAAGCGGUUGGAUGUGAAUCGUAUUCAGGCUCUGAUUGUUGAGUUGACAGCUGACGUGACUGAAAAGGGUACGGUGCAGCCAGCGAACUCAUCACAAGACUGGCUGCAGGUGUCUUUGCCGCAGGUGUCGCUGCCAGCGCAUCAGGCUCACGUGCGGGUAGAUGAGCUGCUCAUAGGCAGCGACUCCGUCCGUGAUCUGACCACCCGGAUUGUCACUCGGGCUGGCGAUACCGGCUCGCCUGCAGGCAUACAAUUUCAUGAUCUCAACGCAGACCUUGCGGGUGCUGAUCUCAAAGGCGAUCUUGCGUUUGUGUUCGGCAGACAGUGGGAUAUUGCGGCUGAUCUAGCUGCGGUAAGUCAGGCAGAGUCUGAUGCGAUUGCCAAAGAUGCACUGUUGUACUGGCACAGUGGUCACGUGGACCUGACUACCCGGGGCGGAAAGCCCAUCGAACUGUUGGAAAAUGCCCGUGGUUCGUUGGCAGCAGCUGGCCUUUACCAUGGCGCCGAAGCUUUGCCGAUGCGCCUGAGCGCAGAGUUUGACAGCGAACUUGGCUUGCUGGGUUCAGAUGCGUUGAAGCUGCAGGUGGGCGAAUCGGAUAUUAGUGGCGCGUUGUGGACGGAUGAUUCACGGCGCGCUUUGAGUGCGCGGCUCAACGCCAAAUAUUUAAACUUUGAUGUCUUACGUCGAGAUACGGGUGCUGAUGCUGCUGCCCCGUUUGAGUUCAACCUGCCUGAACGCAUUGGGUUACCUUCGAAUUUCCCCAUGGAUGUUGAAUUUGCCGGUGACCGUAUCCAGUUGGCUGGUCUGGCUUUCAACACCGUUGUAGUUGGCUUUCAGAAUCAAGCCGACAGCGCAAACAUCGACGUGUCUUUCAAUACGGGUUUGCAAGGUCGGAUACGGCUCAAUCUCAGCGAACAACGCGUGGGUAACGAAGCAGCGUUAAACCUGGAUCUGAAACUGUCUGCCGUUGAUCUCCAACAACUGGGGUCAGACGUUCCGCUGGUCGUGACGUCCGCGCAGUUGAAUCUGGCCGGCAGAGGUGAUGGUCUGCCUUCUGUUGUUUCGAGCCUGGCGGGUGAGUUGAUGGUUGAACUCUCAUCGGCUCGUUUAUCUGAGGAUCUCCAGUUCAGAGCAAUCCCUUCCUUUGGUGUGGCGGCAGGGCAGGUAACCAGCCUGUCGCUGUCUGAGUUGGAUAUGCAAAUGGGCAAGACCACGCGCACCCUCGGUGAAUUGUUGGUGACGCUGCCAGAGCUUGCGGUGACAGGGCAACUCAACACAUCAUCGAUCAAUCUGGAUACGCUGAUUGUUUCUGCCGAUGAAUCCCAGGCUGAGCCUGAUCCGACGCCACUGUUACCGCUCCUACAGAGCCUGCCUACUGUUGACCUGCAAAUUGCGCUUGGAGAAUUAACGCUUGAAGCACAAACGCUGACGAACGCCAGUUUGCGAUUAGAGACCCAGCCCGGAAGCCUGAACAUUGCGGAUGCCAGCUUCAACAGCCCGUUUGGCGCUGUGCAAUGGCAGGCGAGCAUGGUGACCUACAAUGGUGCAGCUGAUGUCCAGAUGGAUGGUGCGGUCCAGGGCCUGACGGUGGCGUCUCUGACACAGUCCCAGAUGAAAGACCUCCUCGAUAAGCCGCUUGCCGGUACCCUGGCGCUGCGUGGUCGGGGUGGAGAUUGGGCCGAGCUUUCUCACGAUUCACGCCUGCGACUGAAACUGGCCGCACUACCCGUGGCGACAAACCAGCGACCCGAAUUUGACAUUGAUGUAGAACUGCGGGCGCUUGACGGGGGUCUAUGGCAGGCAGACAUCGCUGAUCUCUACUGGCGCAACAGCGAUCUCCAAGGCAGGGCUACCUUUCGUGAUACGCAGCCGCCGGAAUUGCGUGCUGACCUUAACGCCGGUUAUUUAGAUCUGACUCCGUUCCAUCCGCCGCAAGCAGAUGGAGCGGGCAAGGUAUCGGAUGCUGGCUUGAUCCGCUCUGUUUCCAAUACAACCGCGCGAGCGCUGAAUUUUCUAUCCGAUUCAAUCCGCUCCUCCAUAGGCGCCAGAGCGCGCCCGACUGAUUCAACGAGUAGUAGAUAUUUCAGUGCCCAGCCCUGGUCGUUAGAGGUCAUGGAUACGGUAGAUGCGGACAUCAAAAUUGCUGCUGAUCGGGUGAAGUCCCGGCGUGGUGAGGCGCGUCACGUCACCUUCUUUGGCCGUGUAGGCGGCCGUCAGCUUAAUGUGCAGCUGCAAAGCCCGCAGGCCAAUGGCGGCGCGCUUGAUUUCUCGCUGGCAUAUGAUGCUACCCAACAGCCUGCUUUGGCCAGACUUUCCCUGUCACUUGCAAAUGUGCGCCUUAACCCACUGCCAGGGGUUGCACCCAUGAGUGCAUUUGUUGACCUGGCGGCGCAGGGAAACAGUGAGCGCACUUUGGCAAGCUCCCUCAAGGGUCAUGUUUAUAUAGAGGCGGGUUCCGGCUCGGCAAGCUUUGCGGACUUCGGCGGCGGUCUGCUGACCGGUGAUCUGGUUCAGGGUGUUUUCGGCAAAUUAUUGCCUGCGACUGAAAAGGCGCCUGACCUGCAUUGCGCGGUAGGCUACGCACAUCUGGUGGGUGGCAGCUUUGCCGCGCCCGCCACUAUUGUCAUGCAAACGCCUGUCGCCAACGUCCUUAUUCAGGCGCAAGCUGAUUUAAGACAGGAAACGAUCUCGGCGCAGCUGGAUUCAAGAAGUCGUAAGGGUGCGGGCCUGAGUGUAGGCAAUGUUUUCUCGAAUACAGUUCGACUGGAGGGCAGUCUUGCAAAACCGGAGAUUGUUUCUAACACAAAAGGUCUGCUGUGGCGUUAUGGGGCAGCGGUAGCAACCGGCGGUAUAUCGCUGAUUGGUGAGAGUGUCUACAAGCGUUUAAUGAUCGAUGGCGAAGCCUGUAAGACGAUGAAAACGACGCUGCGGGAAAAAGUCUGCAUGCCGGGUUCAGCACUGAUUAAAUCGCAAUUGGUCUGUGGCUAA